CGUCGACGCCGCAGCCAGCCAGCGCCUCCUCGCGCCCGGGGGCGGGGUGGCCCGGUGUUGGGGUCCGGCGGACAGGAGGGAUGGACCCUGAGAAGCGCGGCUACAAGUUCCAGGAGUUUGUGGCGCACGAUGCCGAAGUUAGGUCCUUGGCAAUCGGCAAGAAGUCGAGCCGUGUGUUCAUUACCGGCGGCAGUGACCGCAAGGUCAACCUGUGGGCCAUUGGCAAUCAGACUCCGCUCCUGAGUUUGUCUGGCCACACAAGCUCGGUUGAGGCUGUGGAGUUUGAUACAGCAGAGGUGCUUGUGCUUGCUGGCUCAUCAAACGGCUCCAUCAAGCUCUGGGACUUAGAAGAAGCUAAAGCUGUGCGGUCUCUUACUGGGCAUAGAUCGAGUUGCACUGCUGUUGAAUUCCAUCCAUUCGGCGAAUUUUUCGCAUCUGGUUCUUCCGAUACAGAUCUCAAGAUCUGGGAUAUAAAGAAGAAAGGUUGCCUCCAUACAUAUAAGGGUCACAGGGGAGCAAUUAAAUCAAUCCGAUUUACACCUGAUGGGCGAUGGAUUGUCACCGGUGGAGAAGAUAACGUUGUGAAAGUGUGGGAUCUGACAGCUGGAAAGCUCCUACAUGAUUUCAAGUUCCACAGUGGACAAAUACGAUGCAUUGAUUUUCAUCCUCAAGAAUUUUUACUUGCAACAGGCUCAGCUGAUCGAACUGUGAAGUUUUGGGAUCUUGAAACUUUCGAAUUGAUAGGUUCUGCUGGACCUGAGGAUACCGGUGUACGUUCUAUGGUCUUUCACCCAGAUGGAAAAACCCUUUUCUGUGGGUUAGACCAAAGCUUAAAGGUAUUCUCUUGGGAACCAGUAAGAUGCCAUGAUGCUGUUGACAUGGGGUGGAACAAUUUAGCUGAUCUUAGUAUUUAUGAAGGAAAACUGUUGGGAUGCUCGUACCAUGAACGCCGUGUUGGUGUUUGGGUUGCUGAUAUAUCACUCAUUGGACCUUAUGCUCUUGGUGUUUUGCCGAAAGCAAAUUUCUUUGCUGAGCUUGUACAUUCUAUGGAUGAUAGUCCUAUGAAACCGAAUGGUAGCAGUACAAAGUCUGUUCGUGCUGUAGCAACGUCACAUCCAAAAAACUCAUACAAAGUCCAGGAAUCUGCUGAAAGUGGAAUUCGGGCUUUGCAAUUAACUCCAGCAAGUACAGAUAAAGUAAAGAAAGAUAAGAUCAGCACCAUUCCUCGAAGACCUGAUUCAUCUGUCAAAUCAUCUACUCCAACGCGACGUAUGAAGCUGGCUGAUAGUCCUUCCACCAAUCCAAGAACAGCAGAACGCAAUUUCGGACAGCGAGACAUGCCAUUACUAUCUCGUGCAGGGGUAGCUAAUAAAUCUUCAGCCACUAAGAAAUUUCACCCUACAGAGUUGGCGGAUGUAAAAGAUAUUUACACUACACAGUCUGUUUCCAUGCCUGUUGCUGUACCCAGAGACAUUUUAGAGGACAAAUCAAUAGGCAGCGUUAAUAGAGGAAUUGGAGGCAGAGCUGCAGUCCCAGAUGAUUUUUGCAGUCCAGUUCACUUAAGAAAACUUUUACCUAGUGGUGGUACUGUUGAUAGUGUCAGCUCAGUAAGAUCCAUGCUCAGUGAGCCCGAUGCUUGCUCAGAAGGUUUGUCUGGCUUGAAGUUCUCGUUUGGACUAACUCCAUUUGACAAGAAACAAGAAUUCGACGGUACAGAUAAAGGAGCUAUUGCACAAAUAGCAGAAAAGAUGGACAAAAUUGUGUCAUUGGAGCAUCCCGUGCAGUCAAAUAGUGAUACAUCAGCAUUUGAAUCACCAUGCUCAACAACAGAAACAGCCAGGGUCAAAUAUGUUAGAGGAGUCGCUGUGCCAUUAGGAAAAACCAAGUCCAUUGUUGAUAGAUUUGAAAAGAGGGAGAGCUCUAGCAUUGAUUGUUCACCACCAACUAGCUCUCGCGGUGAUCGUACAGUUAGAGUUGACAGCCCUCCCGCCAGUUCGACAGAACCAAGUCAGACAUAUGAAAGAGACUUGUCAACAGUGGAUGAGGUUAUGAGUCCAAUUGAUCUGGUGCGGAACCAUGACGAAUUCAUAAAUGUUCUAAAAUCUCGGUUGACAAAGCUAGAGAUGAUGCGGCAUGUGUUUAACCAAAAUGGUAUCAAAGGAGCAAUUGCUGCAGUGGCAAAGUUGCCUGAUAUUGCUGUUCAAGCUGAUGUUGUUGGUACUCUCAAGGGAAAGAUUGGUCUUUUCAAUCUAGAUGUCUUCUCAAGCUUUCUUCCUGUUCUUGUCGGGUUACUGAACAGCAAGACUGAAAGGCAUGCUUUUGUUUCCUUGGAAAUAUUAUUGGAUCUUAUAAAGAUUUUCGGGCCAGUUAUCCAUUCAACACUGUCAGCUAGUUCAACUGUUGGAGUAGAUAUUCAAGCCGAACAGAGGUUGCAGCGUUGCACCCGGUGUUUUAACCAUUUGCAAAAAGUUCUGCAAGCGCUACAACCAUUGAUGAUGCGGGGUGGUCAAUCGGCGCAGCUUGCUCAGGAGCUAAACAUGUCCUUGCAAAACCUGGUGGUCUUCUGAAAUUAGCUGCAGGUUCAUCCAUACCGUCAGAGUAGAUACCAUUCUUUUGGCACAAAAGCACACCGCUGGGUUACUUAGCUCUGUUGUUGUCGGCGUAGCUCCGCUAGUGAGCCCUUGUAGUUGUCUCUUGGCCUGCCUUGGAGGAUCCGGCAAGUGUUGUUCCCUGUUGUACAUGUGAGCUCGGCUGUUCAUCAGUCUGUAAUUAACCCCCAUUUUACUGCAUGGACAGCCCCAGGAAAUGAAUGAGAAAAACGCCUUCUAGUUA